AUGACCGUGACAAGUAGGAAACACGCUUUGCAUCUUGCUCUUCCACCUAGGAUAGCCAUGACACGCACGGACUCGGAUGAUUCAGCUCCUUCGACGCCUGGACCACGUACACCAUUACCUUAUGAGUCUCUUGGGUACUUCAACGCUCCUCUGAUCUCUUGCGAUACAAUGAACCUGGAUGAAACGAGCUCAAUAGGCUUAGGAACAAAAAGAGGUAGAGAUGAGGAAGAUGAGAGAUACGUCGAACCUGAGUGGACAGAAGAGGAGAUCGACGUGAUACAAUCUACUCUCAUUCACCCAUUUCGACCAGUUUCUACAUCCUAUCCACCUGGUGAACUACCACCACCGAAAGUGUUAGACGAAUUGACCAACCAAAUCCUCAAUUACGCUUUCCGACAUUCCUGCUCGUCGUCAAGUCCUGAUGAUGUCGACCCAUCCUCAAGCCCGGAGGUAAGAUUGUCAGAGAAGAAAUGGACACAUUCAUGGGAUGCAACACAUAAGAAAUUGUUCGAGAUAGCUUUGAAUGAAAGUAAAUCAGCAUUUGGAUUUGAUAAUAUCGAGGCAAAGAAGAAGUUGACUAGGGAAGAGAGGAUAAAUCAUACCAACCAUAGACCAGGUCUAAGGAGAGUAGAUAGUAUGGAUUUUCUUAAUCAGCAGGAUGAUGAGGAUGUGGAUAAGAAUGAACAGAAGAAAUCUGAUAAUGUUGGAAGAGCAAUAAGACUAUCGACGUCGUUGCAAAACAGUGCGAAACAAGAGCCAUUGCUACUAUCCUUGACCAGAUCAACUUCAGUUGGAUCAGGACUUCUCGCAGACUCUCCCUUAUAUCCAGCUGGACCUUUUAUAACUCCUGCUCCUCCCAUUGCAGCCAUCACCUUGACACCUGCUUCACCUACUGGUCCGACACCAAAAUCGCAAUCAUUACGACGUAAACCAUCAUUACGAAACUUGUCUGCUAAACCCUCAAGACCCACCAGUCUCCUGCAGAGAGGAAGGAGUUUCACAGCUGAAGAUCUACGUGCGGAAGCUGAAGCCAACCCUUCAUCCGAUGACAAAUUACUUUCAUCGUCAAAUGGCGAUGAUACCGACAAUCCAAUCAUCAGUCCAAAGUCAUCUGAAAUGGUGACUUCACCGAACUCCAUAACAUCGCAGCCUCUGCCUCUACUGCGGACCUCAGCGUCGUCAUCGGCUGGGAGCUCAGCGAAGUUGACUAGGUCUCACUCAUCUUCUUCGACUUUAUACCCUCAACCGCACGCUGUGCAAAAAGCAUUCUUGCAGAAUCCCAAACCUUCCACCAACGAUCGAUCUCGCUUAGCAUUGCCCUUACCUAUAAUAGAUGACCCGACACCUACUAGAUCACAUUCGUCAGGAGGAUGGAGUGAUAGUGAAGAUGAGUCGAUCAGCAAGAAACAACCUAGAAAGAUCAAGAAGUUGAAACAGAGUAAGAACAAAUUAGAGCUCGGUGGUGGAAUAAGGGCACCGGCGAUAAUCAACCAACAGAUGUUGUCACCUGAAUUGACAACUUCGGGAGGUGGAUUGGGUUUAAGAAGUCCUUUCGAAGAGAAGGAAGAACCUCAAUUCGUGUAG